UUGCCUCAUUCUUGUCUCUGAUCGGAUCGUUUACGAUCGUUUUCGUGGAGUGUGAAUGCCGUCGGAUCGGCUAACGAGGACAUAUAUUGCGUCUUCUCGUUCCUCUUGAAUGCUUAUUUUGCUGUCCGAUUUUAUGUCCUCUUUUUUAGCUCCAUCCAAGUAUUCUCUGUAGCGUACUUGGUGUUACUUUUAGAUUUGGUUCUGCCCUUCUUCCAUCUCUUCUUUUCUUGGUGUUUCAUGAUCGUUUUAAUGCUUGUCUCAUCGUGGAUUGUGUAGAAAGGUGAUCGGAAUUUUCCAAACUUCUUUUCUCCUAAAUGAUUCUGUGAGGUAGCUGUUGUUUCUCUUGUGAGUUUGGGUGUUUUAUACUGCGCUCGAUCCUAUCGGUGCCCAUCGACAAGGGUAAAUUAGUGAAGCAGUUAAAGACAGAGUCAAGUGGUAAUAGAUACUAUGUAAAAGGCAUUGCGUAACUCGACGAUUUCUUGGCACGUGGAAUUCUUGGGCAAUACAUUUUGUUAGAUGACAUGGUUGGCUACUAAUGAUUGUUCAUUUGACCCCUAACUCCAGCUACAGCUAAUUUGAUUAUCUCUCAAGUUUUCCAAAAUGGACCGUUGUGAUACAUCAGGAUUUGUCAGUGGGGGUUGCAAGCUUUCAUUCUAGUAUUUAAUUAACUUUGUUACCAUUAAAGUUCUGGAAGUCAGGCUAACUGGUUCUUUUCCUAGUAGAUUUGGUGGCUCUAAGAGGGCUUUUGACAGAUAAUGGAUAACUGCCCUUUGAAUCUGGCCUCUACUGCAAAUCUUUCCUCUUUGAGUACUGAUGAUUUCUUUGACAGAGUCCAAUCAAGAGAAGAAAAAAGUGAUGCCACGUUACGAAUUAAUUCUCCUAGUUCUUCCACUCUUAAUAACUCCAAAACAAAGGGGACAAUAGGGGUGUGGGGUGAUAUGAAUGAUGUGGAGUGUUCAGGUCAGUCCUUGCUUGCUCUGGGUUUAGGUCAGUCUCUGAAUUCUUCAUAUGUUAGCAAGAUGAGUUCGAUAAUUCGUUGCACAUCUUCAGCAAAAGAAAAUGAUAAUGGAUCCGUUGAUUUAGGACUGAAUAUUCGGUUUUGUCCUGAAAAUGCAAAAACAUCGAAUCCUUCUAAGUCCUUUGUUGCUACUGCCAAUGAUUCUCAUACUGGAAAUACAUUAGACCUCCAAUUAGGUCUAUCAGUUGGGUCAUUUGAAUCAGUCAUGACUAGUGUCAAGCCUGUCCUGGAUGAACAUCAGAGUAGUGUGGAGACCUCGGUAAUGGUGAAUUCAGUGCUGACCAAUGAUGAUGAAGGGAUUGUAUCAUCUUGGUGGAUAUUCAGACGCUGUAUGCCAACUCAUUUGAACGAUUCAGAGACAAGUAGCAGUUCUGCUUCAAAUAAGAAAAUUUGUGUAAAAGCAGAUCCAGUUGUUGUUGUGCCAGAUCACCCACCAACCGUGCUGCAAACAGUGAAAAGCCCAGUUGUCUGCACUUCCGGAGUUACACAUUCACGACACCACAAUAGUAGCAUAAAAAACUGUCAGUUCCAAGGUUGUGUAAAAAGAGCAAGAGGUGCUUCUGGUCUAUGCAUAGCCCAUGGUGGGGGAAGGAGGUGCCAGAAACCUGGAUGUCAAAAGGGUGCUGAAGGAAGGACAAUCUUUUGCAAAGCGCAUGGAGGCGGUCGUCGGUGUGAACAUCUUGGCUGCACAAAGAGUGCAGAAGGGCGCACUGAUUACUGCAUUGCCCACGGUGGUGGCAAACGUUGCAGCCAUGAAUGUUGCGGCCGUGCUGCAAGAGGUAAAUCAGGUUUAUGCAUCAAGCAUGGAGGUGGUAAGAGGUGCCGGAGAGAGAAUUGCACAAAAAGUGCAGAAGGUCAUUCUGGAUUUUGUAUCUCUCAUGGUGGUGGACGACGCUGUCAAUUUCCAGCAUGCUCAAAGGGUGCACAGGGUAGCACAAUGUUUUGCAAGGCACAUGGUGGGGGGAAAAGAUGUACAUUUUUGGGGUGCACCAAGGGAGCUGAAGGGAGCACUCCUUACUGCAAGGGUCAUGGAGGAGGGAAGCGCUGCUUGUUUCAGGGGGGAGGUGUUUGCCCAAAGAGUGUGCAUGGUGGGACCUUAUUCUGUGUAGCUCAUGGUGGUGGGAAGAGGUGUGCUGUUCCUGGGUGCACUAAGAGUGCUAGAGGUCGGACUAAUUACUGUGUGCGCCAUGGUGGAGGCAAACGAUGCAAAUCUGUGGGUUGUGGGAAAAGCGCUCAAGGGAGUACCGAUUUUUGCAAGGCACAUGGUGGAGGCAACCGGUGUGCCUGGGGUCAUGUGGGGUCAAAGUUUGGCACAGGCGAUCCACCUUGUGAGAGGUUUGCCAGGACCAAAGCUGGUCUUUGUGCUGCACAUGAUGCCUUGGUGCAAGAUCACUGUGUUCGUGGUGGGGGUACCCUUGCAAUAUCCACUACCCUGUUUCCAACAUCAAUUAAGUCUGGGAUGAUGAAAGAGGUUGCUAUUGGAGGGAAGGGCAUGUCAAUCUGGAGUGGAUCUGAUACGAAAGCACAUCCUCAGGUUACUCAGUGUGGGUUGGUUUCGCUUCCAGAAGGGAGGGUUCAUGGAGGAAGUCUAAUGACGAUGCUUGCCACCAGUUCAGGCACGGGGAACAAUGCAUAAAUCAAGGUAUGCUGGUAUUCUUGAGCAGGGUUCUUCCUAUGAUACAAUGCAGUAGUGUGUGCAAUGGCUGGACGUGCCUUUCUUAACUAUCAUUUGUGCGCUUUCUGACUUGGUAUAUGUAUUUUCCAUGUGUGUUUGCGAGUUUGCUAGUUCCAAUUGUUGAAAAAGGUAUCUGAUUUACCACAUAUAUUUGCUAGAUCGUGUUUGUCACCAAUGACUUCUCCUCUGGCCUACAUAAAUGGGAUUUAGGUGGGCAGAAUUAUAGUAUUGUUUGCUGGUGUUUUUUUCUUUUUAUCUCAAGACUCUAAACUUGCCUCUAUGUAUACAUGGUUAGUAUCGGGAAACUGAUUGCUGUUAAGAAAUUCCUGUUUUGUUUAUUAUAUUUGAUAAA